ACUGGCGGUGGAGCCGCCGCCGCUGCCGCCGCUCCUUGUCUUUCUCUUUUCUCCUCUGGCCUUUUUCUCCCCUCCCUCCUUCUAGGAUGGCUGAGGAGUUCGUGUCCAGCAAGCUGGGGUCGGGUCUGGUGGUGGUCUUCAUCAAGCCCACCUGCCCCUACUGCCGCAGGGCCCGGGAGCUGCUCCUCCGCUACCCCUUCAAGCCCGACUGCCUCCGCUUCGUCGACAUCACCGUCCAGCCCGACCCGGACGCCAUCCAGGACUAUCUCCACCAGCUCACCGGGGCCAGGACGGUUCCUCGGGUCUUCAUCGGCACACGGUGUAUUGGUGGAUCCUCUGAUCUUACCUCUCUGGACCAGAGUGGGCAGCUUUUGCCUCAGCUACUGCAAAUAGGGGCUGUACAAGAAUAGCAGAGUCCAGCGAGCCAAAGCUGAUAUGAGUCUCCCUCUCUCUGAACUUAGAAUCUUGGAAGAUGAAUUUACCACAAGGGUGUAACUAAGGCCUGGACUUGGCUUUGGCCACUCUAUCUAUACAACAAGAACAUAACUUCCUGCUCCAAGAGAACCUUUACCUGACUGUAUGCAAGUCUUGGACCUUGACUUGUUUCCAGAAAACAUGUAUGCUGAACUAAUGCAUGUUCUGUCCAGCCAGGAUUGCUCUGUAUGAGGUGUGGAUGUGUGCUUUCCCUGUAGACCUUAUCUGUCAGAGCAAAACUUCCCCUCCACCUCCAUGAAGUGGAGGUUUCUUUUGUUUUCUUGAAUUGUAUUUUUCAAAAGAUGUAAAAUUUAUCAGCCCCAGGGAAAGCUGGGCCAAAUUAAUCCUAGGCUUGGACUGCCCAAAUCCCUGCCCAGACUCUCCUCAGGGGCCAGACUGACUCUUCAUAUAAGCUGAUCUCUUGGGUCUUGUUGGGUUACAUUAUUUUCUGACUCCAAAUAAUUAUCUGUAUACUGCAGCUGGAUUCUGAGAUGUCUUCUGAGGCAUAUUCUUUUUUCUAAACUUGAGUGUGACUGUGUCUCUUCCCCUCUCUCCUUAUUUGUCUUCUCUAAUAUCUUCCCCAUUAGUGUCCCCAUUAGUUAAUGAUGACUCCUCUCAUUUUGAUGCUGUAUCUUUGGAAAAUAAACUUUGAAAUACCUAAAGCUU